GAGUUCACAGCAGCUCAAACAUGGAGUCUGGUGAUAAAUGCAUUUAUGAUUUCAGUGCAGAGACGCUGGACGGACGCUGCGUUCCUCUGUCCGAGUUUAGAGGCAAAGUGAUGCUCAUCGUGAACGUGGCGACUUUCUGAGGAGCCACCAUCGAGGAGUAUCCUCGCCUGAAUGCACUCAUGGACACGUUCGGUCAUCUCAACUUCACCGUCCUCGGCUUCUGCUGCAACCAGUUUGGACUCCAGUCCCCAGAGGUGAACCACGAGACCCUGAACAUCCUGAAGUAUGUCCGACCUGGAGGAGGGUUUGUUCCAAAAUUCCCCAUUUUUGGACGAAUCGACGUCAACGGUUUAAACGAGGAGCCUCUGUUCACUCAUCUGAAGGAGUCCCUUCCCUUCGUGAAUCCUGUAAUUGGCGACAUAAAGAAGUUUUACUGGUCUCCGCUCAAAGUCAACGACAUUCGCUGGAACUUUGAGAAGUUUCUGGUGGCAGCAGACGGCGCUCCCUACAGGAGGUACGACCUACACUGCCCCCUGGAGGUCGUCGAGAGGGACAUCGCUCAACUUUUGGUUUAGACCUGGUUUAGUCCUGGUUUAGUCCUGGUUUAGACCUGGUUUAGACCUGGUUUAGUCCUGGUUUAGACCUGGUUUAAUCCUGGUUUAGUCCUGGUUUAGACCUGGUUUAGUCCUGGUUUAGUCCUGGUUUAGUCCUGGUUUAGACCUGGUUUAGACCUGGUUUAGUCCUGGUUUAGUCCUGGUUUAGUCCUGGUUUAGACCUGGUUUAGUCCUGGUUUAGUCCUGGUUUAGUCCUGGUUUAGACCUGGUUUAGACCUGGUUUAGUCCUGGUUUAGACCUGGUUUAGACCUGGUUUAGUCCUGGUUUAGUCCUGGUUUAGACCUGGUUUAGACCUGGUUUAGUCCUGGUUUAGUCCUGGUUUAGACCUGGUUUAGUCCUGGUUUAGACCUGGUUUAGUCCUGGUUUAGUCCUGGUUUAGACCUGGUUUAGACCUGGUUUAGACCUGGUUUAGUCCUGGUUUAGACCUGGUUUAGACCUGGUUUAGUCCUGGUUUAGUCCUGGUUUAGUCCUGGUUUAGACCUGGUUUAGACCUGGUUUAGUCCUGGUUUAGACCUGGUUUAGUCCUGGUUUAGUCCUGGUUUAGACCUGGUUUAGUCCUGGUUUAGUCCUGGUUUAGUCCUGGUUUAGUCCUGGUUUAGUCCUGGUUUAGACCUGGUUUAGACCUGGUUUAGACCUGGUUUAGUCCUGGUUUAGUCCUGGUUUAGUCCUGGUUUAGUCCUGGUUUAGUCCUGGUUUAGACCUGGUUUAGACCUGGUUUAGACCUGGUUUAGUCCUGGUUUAGUCCUGGUUUAGUCCUGGUUUAGACCUGGUUUAGACCUGGUUUAGACCUGGUUUAGUCCUGGUUUAGACCUGGUUUAGACCUGGUUUAGUCCUGGUUUAGACCUGGUUUAGACCUGUUUUAGUCCU